GUCGGCAACUUUAUAUACAUACAUAAAUAUCUAGAUCAAUAUAUAUAAAAGGUCGCUUUAUCAUAUAUACGAAUCACUAUAGUUUCACAUGCAUCAAAUUCAUUUUUGCUAUUACGAUGGUGAUGUUUCGUAUCUUGAGUUGUUUCAUCAGCUGUACCAAGAUAACGCGGUCGUCUCCGCCGCAGGUGGUCGAAACGGAAAAUAAAAUCUCUCCGUCGCCUCUUCCACCCCAAAGGAUCGAAACGGCCAAGAGACAGCCGCCACCGGGAGUAGUAAACAUUAAAAAGGGUACAACGGUCAAAGAUGGAGGACUUGUUGUUUCAAGGUCGAGUAAGUUCACCAUGAAGAGCUCACGUCGUCGCAAACGCUUUGGUAAUGACGCCGGCAGUUUCGGCGGUUGCGGCGGUGGGUGUGGAGGCGGUGGCUGUUAAUAUGAUUUAAUAAUGAGUAAUUUUCUUGUCUUGAGCGUAUAGUGUAAUUUCUUUACUUUGCACACCUUGUGAUCUUGAAACUCAUAUGAGUAUAUAUAUAUAAUGGAUCAUAUAGGGUGGUGAAA